CCAACACUCAGCUGUACUAUCCAAAUGACUGUCAGAAAGUCACAACCAAGGGUGUGGUCUGUGGUAAGUGCAUGUUGAGAGAGAACAGAAAGAUGAUGCGGUGAAAAGGGGUAAAAAAAAACAGGAUUUCCUACACACUGGUAUGUGCCGCUGCCUACGUUACUAUAUAAUCUCACAGGAGAAAAGUCAUCUUCAGUGAGUCUUACCUCCACAGGACCGCAAACGCUGACAGACACCCUUCGGACCUCUCACCCAGGGAGGAAAUAUUACACUAUUUGAGUAACAAUCCCGAGGAGAUUGUGUGAUUCUGGACGAAACGAAAGUACGCCGCAAUUCCACCAGUCAGUCUGUUGCCUGCCUGUCAUCCCCUGGGUCAGAGAUGACUGCCUCCAAGCCCCUGUUCCUCUCAGCCAUUAUGAUCCUCAGCAUCUCCUCUUAUGUGCUCCACCAGAGGCUCCUACUGCUGGCUCAGACAGGGACCGCUCAUCAACACGAACCCAGGAACCUCACCAUCCUGCUGUGGCACUGGCCCUUCGGCCGUCCCUACAGCCUGGAGGGAGAUGUGUGCAGCGACGAGUACGCUAUCCCAGACUGCCUCCUCAGUGACAACACCUCCCUGUUCCCCCAGGCAGACGUGGUGGUCUUCCACCACCAUGAGCUGAAGACCGGCCGCUCUGCCCUGCCUCUCCACCUCCCCCGGUCAGUCGCCCAGCGCUGGCUCUGGCUGUCCCUUGAGCCCCCGGUGCACAAUGGCAACCUGACCCAGUACAACGGACUGUUCAACUGGACCAUGAGCUACCGAGGCGACGCUGACAUAUCCAUGCCCUAUGGGAAGAUAGUUCCGGUUCCACAUAACGGUAUCAGUAACGGUAGCAGCUAUGUGAUCCCAAAGAAGGGUGCUUGUCUGGCCAGCUGGGUGGUCAGCAACUACAGGCCGGACCAUGCCAGGAGUCAAGUCUACCAGAGCCUGAGGAAGUACAUUCCCAUAGAGGUGUAUGGACACUGGUCAAAGAGGCCACUGACCGACCAAAGGCUGAUACCCACCAUUGGCCACUGUAACUUCUACCUGGCUUUUGAAAACUCAGUGGCAUUGGACUACAUAACUGAGAAGUUGUGGAGGAAUGCCUACCAAGCAGGGGCAGUACCUGUGGUUCUGGGGCCCACUCGGGCUAACUAUGAGGCCCUUGUGCCACCAGGCUCGUUCAUCCAUGUCAGUGACUUCAAUAGCACAGAGGGGCUGGCUGUCUUCCUACAGCAGUUGGCCACAGACAGAGGACGCUACGAGGGUUACUUCAAGUGGCGUCAGACACAUAGAAUCAAGAUGUACACAGACUGGAGAGAGAGGCUCUGUAAUAUCUGUGUCAACUAUCAAAGACUACCAGGUAACAAGGUGUACUACGAUCUGGAGGCAUGGGCCAGUAGAUAACAUCACAGAUGCUUUUGCUACUGUAGGUUGUUUUGUACUACAAUAUGUUCAAGAACUUGUACAGUAGCCUGUUUUUUCCCCCAUGCAA